AUGCACAUAUCUUAUUCGUAUUCGAAACCGUUGCCAAAUUUUCUCUACACACCCUGUUACUGCCCGGUGGGACAUCACCUUCGUCAGCGACCCGAUGUGUUGUUCAGCAAACCGAAGCGCUACAAAACCACUCGAAGGAUCCGCUACUUGGCUAGUCCACGGUGGGUUCGCGCUAAGUUUUCCCGCCACGCGGUGGUUUCUCGCAGACAAGAGACCGAAAUUGUGCGCUCGUAUAAAGAACCGUAUGCAUCGCGACGCAUCCAGCAGUUAGCCUUACCACGAGUCCGGAAUCUGAUCGCCUUAGACCAGGAAUACCAACAACUGUUAGCGCCAAAGCGCCAGGAACAGUUGAAGAAAAAGAUAAAGCAAAGUGCCAUCACCAUUUACUCACAGCUGGCGGGCGUGGAGCUUCCGAAAAGUCAUGGUCCGAAAGGCAUGUCGCCGGAUGAAUGGCAAAGACAUAAGGAUUGGUUGGAAUUGAAUGCGCUCCCGAAAAAACUCCCCGCUCCUCCUGGGGCCGUGCGAAGACAGAAACCACUGACCGUGCUUCUAGCACGGCUCGAAAGCUUGGCUGCACCCAGAUAUACGCGAAGAAAGAUAACCAAGAAAGAACUUGGUAAUAUGAAAAAGAUUCCAUCCGUUAAACCAGCCGCCCUAAAGGCAACCGCAUCGGAACAUGUGCUGAAGCUUGCCGAACCCAUCGAACGACGUCGGCGAGCGAAAGGAAAACAAGUGGAAGACACACGCAUUCCGGAGAGUGUCUUGAAAAUGCAAGCCUCGGAUCGACUAAUAGAGUUGGCCACGCCGAAACGCUACACAAAGGUGAACAACGAAUACCGCGACAAUCCGUUCACCGUGGAACCAAAUGCCCUCAAAGCGAAGGCUAGCGAUCGUGUACAGGAGCUCGCAAAACCAAAGGCGAAAAAACUAACUCGUUGA